GAAACGGACUGAUCCCCGAUUUGUUUUCUCUGUAAAAGUAUCCAAGACAAUGGCAUUUGUUACAGCUCUCACGGAAGGCUUGGGGAUUGAGAUCCCGGUGAUCCAAGCUGGCAUGCAAUGGGUUGGCUAUGCAGAGCUCUCCUCCGCCGUCUCUAACGCCGGCGGGCUCGGAAUCUUGACCGGAUUGACCCAACCGACGCCUGGUAAAAACCCCAAGCUGAAAAGAAAUAAAGCGGAGGUUCUAAUGCAUAUAUUUCUAGAGGACCUUCGGAAAGAAAUCCGCAAAUGCCGCUCCAUGACGAGCAAGCCAUUCGGGGUGAACCUCACCCUCCUUCCUGCCAUCAAUCCCCCAGAUUACGCCGCUUACGCCCGCGUCAUCAUCGAAGAAGGCGUCAAAAUCGUCGAAACCGCAGGCUACAGCCCCGGCGCCAUAAUCAAGCUCCUCAAAACUGCCAAUAUCAAGAUCCUGCACAAAUGCACCACAGUUCGGCACGCCCUCUCCGCGGAGAAACUCGGCGUCGACUUCAUCUCCAUCGACGGCUUCGAAGCCGCGGGCCACAUUGGCGACACCGAUAUCCCAAAUAUGGUAUUACUCCGACGCGCUGCACAGUCCCUCCACAUUCCCUUCAUCGCCUCCGGUGGCUUUGCCGAUGGCCAGGGCCUGGUCGCCGCGUUGGGAUUGGGUGCAUGUGGAAUUAAUAUGGGAACCCGGUUUAUGAGUACGGUAGAGAGUCCGAUUCAUAUCAACGUCAAGAGAGCGAUUGUGGAGGGGAAGGAGGAAGAUACAGAGUUAUUGCUGCGAAAGUGGAAGAAUACGAGUCGGCUGUACAAGAAUGGGGUGGCGAUUGAGGCGAAGAAGAUUGAGACGGAGCAAGCGGGAAGUGAGUUCAAGGAUGUGCAGCAUCUUGUUGCUGGGGCGAGGGGGAAGAGGGUUUUUAUUGAUGGAGAUGUUAAUGCUGGGGUAUGGACGGUUGGCCCAGUGCUAGGCGUUGUUCAAGAUAUCCCGACUUGCGAAAUUCUCUUGAAACGCAUUGAACGGGAGGCCCUUGAGACGAUCGCGAAGUUGAAUCAGCUUUCGAAGCCAGGGAGUAAACUGUAGACCUCACUAGUUACUAUCGGUGUCGCAUUAUAGAUCAGCGCAAUGCUGAGAAGCGAAAGCUGUAAAUUAUGUACGGGUCGUUUCUGGUGAGAUCAACCACUCGUCGCCGAGAAACAUCGUGUCAACCCAAUUUGUCGAGUGAUCAAAUAGCGCAUCGACG